AUGGAUCCUUCUGUCGCACAUCGGCCGUGGGAGGCGGUUUCAGGGCCUCAGACACCCGGCUCAACACAAACCCUCCCCUCCAUCUCGACCCUUACCGCGAAUAUGCCGGGCGCCGGAGUCCCCGCGGAGAAAUCACCCGGGAAUGCCUCAUUGAACACCAUCGAGCGGGAUUCGGGGAAUUGGUCAAUGCCGCAAAGCACAAGUAGGAGACCCUCGCCAAGUAUGGAUUGGGAGCGGCGCGGUGCUGACCAUGUAGGAUCAUCGACCUACUCCACGACGACCAAUGGCAACGGCAGCAAUUAUCCCACUCUCAGCUUCAUUGCGGCGUCGCAACCCUCCCCCAAUCGCGGACACCCGGCAGUCGACCGCUCACCUUACCCCCACGAUCAAUCGAAUACCCCUUCCUCCGCCGGCACCCAACAACCCUCCCCGAACUUCAAUACCCAGCCAACUCCCGCCCUUCCUUCAAUCAAUCAAAAUUAUGAAGUUCCCUCCCAACGAAUCAGCGUGGCAGAGACCACCGAGUCUCGGCGCAGUAGCGUGGACAGUCGCGUGAAUCAGGGGAUCAGCUCUCUGGCCAUUAACCCCGCUUCGCCCUACCACAGCACCAAUGCCUCGCAGUCUUCGAUUGUCUCAAGUCUGCAAAGAGAGCGAGGCAUUCCGACCGACAUGAACUCAUACCGAGGCCCUCGCUACUCAGGUGGUACCCAGCCUCUCUCUCCUCUGGGCCCCCGCGCGACCGACCAGCAGCGGAGUUUUGCUGCUGGUCGGACCGCUCCAGCGAUCUCUUCGAAUCCUCGUUCGGAGAUUUACAACGCCGAAGCACCCACUGCGGGUAUGGCGUAUGCCUUCCCAGAUCCGGACAUGGCGCGCUCGAGCUCUGUCUCUUCCAAGGGGGAGUCCAAUCCCCCGUUCUCCCGAAAGGGCAGCAUGGCGGAGUCCAUGAACAGCAUGUACUCCGAACGGAUGCCUCGAGGACAACACGGUAAGACCGAACACCGCCAACCACCCUCCGCAUGCGCACUUCGUUCUAAACAAGUUUGGACAGACCUACCCCAAAAUGUACACCACCAUUCCCUCCAACACAAGGCAGUGCGAGAAUUGAUUGGCGAAGAAGAAGGCCCGCCAGGCAGCACACCGUACAGCCGCACACCCGAACUUCGGGUAACGCACAAACUCGCCGAGCGCAAGCGCCGCAGCGAAAUGAAAGAUUGCUUCGAAGCGCUCCGACUGCGUUUACCCCCCGGGCAAACCAAUAAGUCCAGCAAAUGGGAAACCCUCACCCGGGCGAUCGACUAUAUCGCCAUGCUCGAGAAAACAGUCGCGCAAUCGCAACGCGACCGCAAUGUGAUGCAAUCGGAGAUGGAGGAAAUGCGCGCCCAGCUCAACCAAGCCAAUGCGUCCCGACCCCCAUCCAUCUUCGAGCAUCAAAUGAACGCCAACCAAGUCAGCGGACCGCCGCAGGGCUCAGUCUUUGGUGGUUUCGGCAAUGGUGUGGGUCAGGAUCAGCCGCGCACGCUACCGCCUCUCAUGAAUGGCUCUGUUGCGCCCAUGCAGGGCAUCGAGUAUGAACGGCGGUAG